AGCAUUUCCUCACGCGUGUGUGUUUGCAGCUUUGCAGGACAUGUUCGCAGUCUGUCACGAGUGUAUUGGCACUUCACCGUGUUUGCUUCGGUCUGACUUUUCGAUAUUAGUGGCGUAAAGUCAUCCAGUUUCUUCGUUAGCCCGGUAGCGGUCUGUCAGACUCCAUAACAGCGUUUAGCGCUUAGCCUGUUAGCUCGCCUGGAGGAUAACGUUACCCGGUUAUGGGAAAUUUCACUGUCUGAGCAAACUAGUUGUGCCACUUGGUCAACCUUCGUUAUCUUCGAAUAACAGAGGGAGCACUGGAAAAAAGCUUGUGAAGCUGGGAUGGAGGCGGUGGCAGAGGGACCCGGCGAUAAGGUGGCAGAUGGAGCUGCCAAGGGCACAGCUUCCAUUAAGAGCAAAUUCCUAACAACCAAAGAAAAAUUCCAUGAGUUUCUUGACUCCAAAACUCAGGACAGUAAAGAAGGGAAGGUAAGUGAUAAUGACGUGCCUAAUGAGACAGCAGAGACGUCUGCGGAGGAACCUGAAGCAAAGAAACUCAAACUGGACCCCGAGGAAAAUAACAAGUCGAGGAAACCAGACGGCAAACGAGUUCGAGGACAGAAUAAGUCAAGACCACACAUGAAACCCACCACCUAUGAUGACAAACAGCUGUGUCUCUCAGUCAUCCAGGAGAAUAAAAAGUGCUUCUACGGAGAAAAAUGCAAAUUUUUCCAUGACGUCGCAGAAUACAUGGCCAACAAGCCCGCCGACGUCGGGGAACGCUGCUACAUCUACGACACGUUUGGAAAGUGUCAGUAUAGUCUGUCCUGCCGCUUUGCCAAGGCGCACACUUCACCUGACCUCAAAAACGUAGUGAAUGAAGAGCUCGUUAAGGCCCGUGAGGGCAGGACUGUGGUGAAGAACAGCUUGGAUAAAGACCUGCAGAAUCGUCUGAGGAAGCGCUCGGUCUCCUUCAAGAAGUCAGCCGAGUACCUCAAAACAAUUUCCAAGGACAACAAGGAAAAGACAGAGCAGCAAGGAAACGGUGAGGCUUGUGCAGCUGAAAUAUCCACUGAGAAUCCUGAGGGAGAGGAGCUGCAUGCGUCUGGAGCAGCAGAAACACAGUUGCAGGUCAGCGAGGAGAAACAGAAUCUGGUGAAGACUGUCGGCCCACUGACUGAUGCAGACAUCGUCAGACUGCGUCCGUGUGAAAAGAAGCAGGUGGACUUUAAAGACAAGCUGUACCUCGCUCCACUAACAACAUGUGGGAAUCUACCUUUCCGGCGUGUGUGCAAGCGCUUCGGUGCUGACAUCACCUGCGGGGAGAUGGCCAUGUGCACGAACCUGCUGCAGGGCCAGCAGUCUGAGUGGGCCUUGCUGAAGAGGCACGAAACUGAGGAUCUCUUUGGUGUUCAGGUGGAGGGCUGCUUCCCUGACACGAUGACAAGGUGUGCGGAGCUCAUCAACAACAACACUGAGGUCGACUUUGUGGACAUUAACUCUGGCUGUCCCAUUGACCUUGUCUACAAGAAGGGCGGAGGCUGUGGACUGAUGACACGCAGCAGAAAGUUUGAACAGAUCGUCAGGGGAAUGAACUACGUGCUCGACGUCCCUUUGACGGUCAAGAUCCGCACUGGUGUUCAGGAGAAAUGCAGCAUCGCACACAAACUCAUCCCAGAGAUGAAGAAGUGGGGCGUUUCUAUGAUCACACUACACGGUCGAUCCCGGGAGCAGCGCUACACUAAGCUCGCUGACUGGGACUACAUCAACACCUGUUCCAAGCUGGCCAGCCCUAUCCCACUUUUUGGUAAUGGUGACAUUUUGUCCUACGAAGACGCCAUGAAGGCAAGAGAAACUGGAGUUUCUGGAAUCAUGAUUGCAAGGGGCGCUCUCAUCAAGCCCUGGAUCUUUACUGAAAUAAAGGAGAGGAGGGACUGGGACAUUUCAUCCGGUGAGCGACUGGACAUCCUCAGGGACUUCACAAACUACGGCCUGGAGCACUGGGGCUCGGACACCCGUGGCCUGGAGAAAACCCGCAACUUCCUGCUGGAGUGGCUCUCCUUCCUGUGCAGAUAUAUUCCAGUAGGCCUGUUGGAACGAGUGCCUCAGAGGAUCAAUGAGCGACCUCCGUACUACAUGGGCAGGGACUAUCUGGAGUCACUCAUGGCCAGUCAACAUGUUGGGGACUGGGUCAAGAUUAGUGAAAUGUUACUUGGACCUGUUCCCAAAAAUUUCAACUUUUUGCCCAAACAUAAAGCCAAUGCCUACAAGUGAUACUUUCUUUUGCUGAGCUGUAGAACUAUAUUUUAAAGUUGUUUUUUUUUUUCUUUCUUUUGAAUCUGGAGCAACAAGAUUAAAUGUGGAUAAUGAAAAUGUAUGACAUGAGUGAUAAGGGCUAUUGAGUAGUCUUUUUGUUUGUUUGAUUUGAGCUACAGUACUGUAGUAUACACAGAUGAAUGUAUACUUGAAAAAUAUACAAUAAAGUCUUUUGCCACAAC